GCGCCUCAAUGGGGGCGUAGUGACACUAGGCUUUCCUUCCGGGGGUAGAGCAUGCCAGAUCGCCCACGCCACUCAAAUUGGCAUGUAUGUUGGCUGAAGAAUUGAAUAACGUUGUUCGGUACUCACUAAAUAGAGACCUGGCUCCAGUUUUGCGUUGCUGUUACCUUUUUAUUUAUUUAUUAAUCAGGCUUUCAUGUCCUUUCCCUCUCUCUCUCUCUCUGUCUCGCUGUGCCUGUCUCUAUCACUCACGCACUUUUGGGAUUUCCUUGUUCAUGGCUAGUCACUAACCCAGAUGUAGAUUGAUACCAACCAUUGAGUUUGGUUUCUGGUAACCUGAUUGAUUUGCUUUAUUUGUGAGUUUUUCUGGUUCGCUGUCUCAGAAAAAAGUAGGUUGCAAAGCAUUCGCUUUUGAGUUUUGUUUUCCUGAAGAUGUGUUUUUUAAUAAGUCGGGAGAUGGGUUCUUUCUCCAAUCCAUUAAGAAUCUGAAUUUGCUUUGUGCUGGAGUGAAGGAUGAAGAAUUUUCCUGGGACGCCUGGGACUUUGACUGGGCUUGUUCUCAGGAUUUCACAGUGCGUUUUUGCAGUAGGGUCGAUUGCUUCUAUGGCCACCACCCACACUUUCUUCAAUUUCACAGCUUUCUGCUACCUGAUUGCUUCAAUGGGUUUACAAGUCAUCUGGAGCUUUGUGCUUGCUGUAUUAGAUGCAUAUUCAUUGGUGAGCAAGAAGGUGCUGCAUAAUCCUGUUUUAGUUAGCCUCUUCGUGGUUGGAGACUGGGUGACGGCAACACUGUCUCUUGCAGCAGCUUCUGCUUCAGCUGGCAUUACAGUCUUGUACUUCAGUGACUUGGGAGACUGCAAUGCAGGAGAAGAAUGCCAAAAGUACCAGAUAUCAGUUGCCUUGGCCUACCUGAGCUGGUUUGUGGUAAUCAGUGGCCAGAGAAUUGUAGAGAGUUAUGCCAACCAUGUUGAUUGUGAAAGCAUACCGUGGUGUUAAAGCUGGAAUGUAGUUGGAAGGGAUGUGCAUUUGCUAUUUGCCCUAUGCCAACCAUGGCAAGUGGAAGCAGCAAAGUGGGUCUGUGUUUGCUUUCAGACCCCACAGGCAGGUAAAUGGAAAGUUAAAAGAGAUCGCAUCAGAUUUGAUGCUGGAACCGGAUUUUACUUAAUAAUCUGUCCUUUUAAAUCCUUCAGGGAGACCUGUAUAUUUAGGAUCAUUUUUUUCACACCAAUUAGUUUAAGAGCUGAUCUACUGAACAAACUGGUAGUACCUUAUGUACAUAUUCAUCAGCAUCCUCAUGCAGAGCAACAAUCAAUAAAGCUACUAAUUGUAACGAUCAGCAACAAAAACAAUAUUUGCUUCCCCAAAGCCUCUUGUUUGUAGAAAUUAGUAGCUUGUGGCCAGCAGUCUUGACGUCAAAUGAACGCAGUGCACCACACUUCAUCAAAACUAUCCUACUUUAUCGAAACAUUCUGAAAGCAUUUUCCUGGAAUCAGUUCGAUGAAUUCCAUGACGCAACAACACUUCCAUUCUCACGGAUAGG